AUGAUUGAGAGUGAGGGAGUAUUGAGGAUAAAGGGACGUGUUUGCGUUCCUCGUGUUGAGGAUUUGAUUAAGACGAUUUUGGAGGAGUCCCACAGUUCGAGGUACUUUAUUUAUCCUGGUGCUACCAAGAUGUAUCCUGAUUUGAGACAGCACUACUGGUGGGGUCGUAUCAGGAGAGAUAUUACCGAUUUUGUUGGUAGGGCGACCCUGGGAAAGUGUGACUCAGUUUGGGUUAUUGUUGACUGGUUUACUAAGUCUGCUCAUUUCAUCCCCGUUCGGGUUACCUACACCACAGAAAAGUUGGCCCAGAUCUAUAUCUGCAAAGUUGUUCAUUUGCAUGGAGUUACUAUUUCCAUCAUCUCUGAUACAAGCCCUCAGUUUAUGUCCCGUUUCUGGAGGACUUUGCAGGCCGAGUUGGGUACUCGAUUGGAUCUCAAUAUAGAUUUUCACCCUCAGAUAGAUGAUCAGUCUGAGCAAAGAUCUACUAUAAUUACUAUUUCAAAAAUAGAUAAUUUUGUAUCUAACUGUAUAAAAGCAGGCGCAGAUAAAUGA